AUGGUGGCAUCAUUAUCGGACUCCCGCAUUAGAAUGACCCGCCCAGCCACUAACAAACGCACCACUGACACUUCUUCAGUCUCUUCGGCUUUGGAUUCUGCUGCUAGUCAAGCAACACAGAAAUCACGGGGAAAAAAGAAUCGAAAGAAAGUUUCCACUGCCAAGGCUAAGGUGUCAGUUAAGAAAGCAGCCGGAAGCAAGCCAAAGAAGAAAAAGACAAAAAGCAAUGGGUGUGAGGCCAAACAAGCGGAGGGAGAAGAAGGAGGCCACGACUACGAUCAGGAGAGUGAUGAUGACGUGGAGAUCCAGCCAAGGGAAGAUAAGGCUGCCAAGUAUAAUCAAUUCCAUGACAUACUUGAUUUUUUUGGAACACCAUGGCGCAAGCCAGGUGAUAAGUCAAAAGAUCCAAUUAAUUUCACCUGUAAGUGGUGUAACAUCACCUAUCGAGGGCAUGGGUCAACCAAAGGGAAUUUGUAUUCCCAUCGUGACGGUUCCACCCAAGCCGAUAGGAACCCUAAUGGAUGUGUGAAUCGUAACAAGGCCAUACAAUCUGGGGCCAAGUUACCUCCCUCAGUUGCUCAGCAGAGAAUCUUGGAUGCCAAAGCUAGUGGCGACUCUACACAAACGAAUAUCAAGGAAUUCCUUCAAGUGAAGCCGACAUUUGUCAACCGUGUCCUCAAUCAAAUGCUGAUGAUUUGGCAAGUUCAUCAAGCCCUUCCUUGGUCCCGACUAGAAGACCCUUAUCUUUGA